CCAGUGUUUAUGUUCUAUGAAUCAACUUUCAAUCGCGCUCUUGGCAAGUUAUGUGACCCCGAACGGAAAUAUAAUUAAAGGAUUCAAUUGUAUAAAAGGGAAUGAGAUAACAAGGUUUAAAACAUAUCAGUGAUGGAUGCAGAUGAUCAUAAGGCUCAAGAGAGUGAGGAACAGGUUACUGAUGUGAGUAGAAACAGUAACAAUACCACCAAUGCUGACAACAAGAAAGUAAUCUCAGCAGGUGAUGAAAAGAGUGCCCAAGUCUCAGACCUUUGUCAGGGGUCACUGAAGCCAAGUUACAGGAACGAGGAGGAGAAUGAAAAGAGUGCCCAAGUCUCAGACCUUUGUCAGGGGUCACUGAAGCCAGGUUACAGGAAUGAGGAGGAGAAUGAAAAGAGUGCCCAAGUCUCAGACCUUUGUCAGGGGUCACUGAAGCCAGGUUACAGGAAAGAGGAGGAGAAUGAAAAUAGUGCCCUAGACUCAGACCUUUGUCAGGGUCACUGAAGCCAGGUUACGGGAGAGAGGAGGAGAAUGAAAAUAGUGCCCAAGUCUCAGACCUUUGUCAGGGGUCACUGAAGCCAGGUUACGGGAGAGAGGAGGAGAAUGAAAAUAGUGCCCUAGACUCAGACCUUUGUCAGGAGUCACUGGAACCAGGUUACAGCAAAGAGGAGCAAAAGGAAGUACCAAAUGAAAGCCCACAGCAGCUACAAUG